AACUUCAAACUCGCACAUAAUUUACAAGUCACUAAAACAAACAGAAAUGUCCUCUACACCCACGAACUGAAACACCCUGACCCAAAAACCAGAAAUAAAUUUUCCUAAAAUAAUCCACAACUAACAUUGUCACAUUGUCACCCUAACCCAGUGGUAUCAUUCGCGUGGUGUGCGCAUGCUCAAAACCGGCUGCUAGCGAUAAAUGACUUUAGUAUACGGCGGGCAGUCGUUCAGUACAGACGUGUUUGUGUUCCAGAAAUGUGCGCGGCAAUCGACAUGUUGGCGUCCGAGUCCUUCUAUGGACACAGUCCGCCAGCCGGCUUCCUAUCAGACUACAGCAUUCAAGCUCCACGAAGACCAACAAAACUCACAUCCAGAGGGUUCUCGGCACCAUGUUUAACACCUCUAAAACCCGUGCAUUUGACUUUAAAAUCAGCUCCCCGGUCGUGUAUAAGAAUACCAAAUGAGAAGAAAAAGAAGAAAGUGGUUUUCGCUGAUGAUAGAGGGUUCGCACUAGAACAUAUCAAGUUUAUGACAGAGCCGUCUCAUGUGCCACCUUACUGGGCGCUCAGGAUAGUCUCCAGUCCACCUUCGGAGAGGAAACCGCCACCAAAACCAGCGGAUUUAUGGGAGACGAGGUUCGUGCAGCCGGCGUCUGAUUACCUGGAAUUUCGACGAAGAAUCACUCAAGAUUGUGUGUCUCUGGAGAAUGUGAUAAUCAAACAGGAUGAGUGCGCGGUUGACGGGACUGUAAAAGUUAAAAAUCUAGACUUUGCUAAAGAAGUUUUCGUUCGAACGUCCUCAGACGGGUGGCUGACGAGCGAGGAUACAUUUUGCGCGUUCGUUGAAAGUGGCCCUUUGAAUCAAAAUGGAGUAUCAACAUAUGACACUUUUGGAUUCCGACUCCAACUUCCAAUCCAUUCUAGAAGGCUAGACUUUUGUGUCUGCUUCAAGUCUAAGGGGCAAGAAUUCUGGGACAAUAACGGAGGUUCAAACUACACGAUAGAAAAGUCUUCGGUGCGGAGUCAACCAGCAAUUUCUUGUGCCCGUAUAAAGUACGGUAACUCGUGGACUACAAGGUCAAACGGGGAUGGAAAUGUGCCCUACUGGUGAUUAAUAAAUGACUUUAAAUGAAUUAGUGAUCGAAAGCCAUUCUGGCUGGUGAUUUGUGCCAUAAUAUGGUUCCUAGAGAAUUUGAAGGUCUGUAUAUAUUUUUUUUCUGUCCAAUGCAGAUUACGGUGAUUUACGUUAAUGUCUGUAGAAAGAUGAUUAAGGAAAUUAUCAGCUUUUUCCUGCGAUUUUUAGAUAAGAAGUGGUGAUAAAGCGAUUGGUUAUUUCCUAACCUUUGAGGAUAGAAGAUGUUGCUUUCAAAGCAUUUCUGUGCUAUUUGAUUGAUUGUUAAUCAAGUGGUGAUUUAGUAACUUGGUGAUUAAUUACCUCCCUUAAUUUAAGUGCUUAGUCAGUUGGUGAUUAAUUAAUGUUUAUCAUUACAUACCGAUUAUUUAUAAUGAAAUGGUAUGUUGAAUGAAAUAUAGCGUAUAUUUUUAUAUCUAAAUUAAAUACGCUCAUGUUAAUGUCUCGAUAUUGCUAUCUCUUUCGUUUUAAGGUGCUUGGAAAGAGAAAAAAGUCAUUUAGGUAGCUGGGAUAGAUUUUUAAACGUUUACAAGUAAAUUACCUUUUGCAGUCACUAAAAUGUAUAUUGGUGGACCUUAUGCCAUCUAAAUACGAAAUGUCAUAACUCCAUUACAGACAUUCGUACGAUUUUCGUCGUUAAUGUCAACAGGAAUAAGUAGUAGAAUUGCUUGUGUUAAUUUAACGUUGAAUUUAGACAGCUGGGUUUUUCAUAUAUCUACAUGAAUACUAAGAUCGUCUUACAUGUUAUUGUUUUAAAACGAAUCAGUUGUCAGUAUAGACUUAAAAUGUUGAAGAAAAAUGACUUGAUAAUUUUAGUCUUGUCUUGAUUCGAUUCAUAUUUAAUAGACACACACCUACUUGUGUUACAAUUAUUAUUAAAUAAUAAUAAA